AUGUCGGGUCAGCAACCCGUGUUCGUCAUGAACACUGGUCCGGAGCGUCAGUCCGGUCGCAAAGCUCAAACCUCCAACAUUACUGCAGCCAAAACCGUCGCCGAUGUCAUUCGUACCUGUCUCGGUCCCAGGGCCAUGCUCAAGAUGAUCCUUGACCCCAUGGGUGGUAUCCUCCUUACCAAUGACGGAAACGCCAUCCUUCGUGAAGUCGAAGUGGCUCACCCUGCUGCCAAGUCAAUGAUCGAACUCAGUCGAACUCAGGAUGAAGAAGUCGGUGAUGGAACCACGAGUGUCAUCAUUCUUGCCGGAGAGAUCCUUGCUCAGUCCUUGCCUCAGCUCGAACGUGGUAUUCACCCCGUCGUCAUCAUUUCCGCAUUCAAAAAGGCACUUGCAAGAGCGCUCGAGAUUGUCAAAGAGAUCUCUGUGCCUGUUGAUGUUACCAACGACAAGGAGAUGCUGGCUCUCAUCAAGACUUCCAUCGGUACCAAGUUCCUCUCGAGGUGGUCAGAGCAGAUGUGCAAGCUCGCUCUCAAAGCUGUUCGCACCGUUGCCAUGGUUGAUUCUACUGCAAGCGAUCCUAUCAAGACCGUCGACAUCAAGCGUUAUGCCCGUGUUGAAAAGGUCCCCGGGGCCACCAUCGAGGAUUGCCGUGUCCUCGACGGUGUCAUGCUCAACAAGGACGUCACUCACCCCAAGAUGAGGAGGCGUAUCCAGAACCCGCGCAUCAUGCUCCUCGAUUGCCCGCUCGAGUACAAGAAGGGAGAGUCGCAGACCAACAUCGAGAUCACCCGCGAAGAAGAUUGGAACAAGAUCCUCGAAAUCGAAGAACAGCAGAUCCAGUCCAUGUGCGAAAAAAUGAUCGAGUUCAAGCCCGACCUUGUUUUCACCGAAAAGGGGGUUUCCGACUUGGCGCAGCACUACCUGCUCAAAGCCAACAUCACUUGCAUCCGACGUGUUCGCAAGUCCGACAACAACCGUAUCGCUCGUGCCACCGGUGCUACCAUUGUCAACCGUGUCGAUGACCUUCGUGAUGCUGAUAUCGGUACUCGCUGCGGUCUCUUCCACAUUGAAAAGCUCGGCGAUGAGUACUUCACCUUGCUGGAAGAAUGCAAGGAACCCAAAGCAUGCACCAUCCUCCUCCGUGGUCCUUCCAAAGAUAUCCUCAACGAGAUCGAUCGAAACUUGGCCGAUGCUAUGGCUGUCGCACGUAACGUGGUUUUCAACCCUCUGCUUGCACCGGGUGGAGGUGCUACUGAGAUGGCCAUUGCAUACCGUCUUUCCGAAUUCGCAAAGGAGCUCGAGGGAGUCGAAGUUGGUCCCAUCCGUGCAGUCUCUGAUGCCAUGGAAGUCAUCCCUCGAACCUUGAUUCAGAACUGCGGUGGAAACGCAAUCAAGACUCUCACCACCCUCCGUGCCCAACACGCCAAUGGUCAACACUCGUACGGUGUAGACGGCGAAUCCGGAAAGGUGGUCGAGAUGAAGGAAUACGGUCUCUACGAAUCGGCCGCGGUCAAGAUUCAGACCCUCAAGACGGCGAUCGAGUCAGCAAGCUUGUUAUUGAGGGUCGACGAUGUUGUUUCCGCCAAGAGAGCGAGACAGGCUGGUGGUGGAGCUGGUCCGGGUGUACAGGCUCCUGAUGCCGGCAUGGGUGAGGAUGCCGGUCCGGAUAUGCCUCAGAUGUGA